AUGACACUUUCAUCCACCAAGGCGCUUUGUGUGGCGCUUCUUGUUGCGUCCGGGCUUGUUGCGACACAGGCGGACGACUCGCACUUUGUUCGUAGUCCCAAGCACUCUCGUCGCGCAUCGCACCACAACGCCGGCCCGUCGGAUCUCACCAAGCGUGGACCGACGUACAGUGGUCGUGCGACGUACUAUGCUGCUGGUCUGGGAGCGUGUGGCAACUACAACUCUGGCUCCGACUUUAUCGUCGCCCUCAACGCGGCGCAGUACGGCAACAUGGGUCAGCGCUCUUCGUGGUGUGGCAAGACGAUUGCCAUUACGUACAAUGGAAACACCCAGUACGCCACCGUCCAAGACGCCUGCCCCAGCUGUCCCUACGGAGGCCUCGACAUGAGCGAGGGCCUCUUCAAGGCCUUUGCAAGCACCAGCCUAGGCGUGUUUCAGAUGUCCUGGACCGCCGCCGAUGGCUCUUCGGACAACAACAACAACCAGAACCAAUGGACUAGCACCAGCUCAAGACAGCGUCCCACACCUACUACCACAUGGCAACAACCAACAUGGACCUGGACGCCUCCUACCACCACCAGCUCGUCGUCCGCACAACGAUCCGCUCAGCCCUCAAGCUCGGUGGCCUCAUCGUCCAGCUCGGCAAGCGCGCAAAGCUCGGCAUCGUCCAGUGCCAGCGCGUCCAGCUCGGCGAGUCAGCCGGCUCCAACACCCGAGGCCGCAAACAACCUCGACAGCUUUGCGCUCAUCUACCAGGGCUUGAACCAGAUGGCCGUAGCCGCCGCUUCCUAA